AUGGCCUACCGCGGAGGCGGAGGCCGGGGCGCGCCGGCGGGAGGAGGGCGUGGGGCCACGCGCUGGCCGCCUCCGCGCGCGUCUUCAGCGCCUCGCCCCGCCGCGACGGCGCCCGUGGUGGCCGACAACGCCACGGGGCCGCACCAGGGCGCCUACCAGCACGGCGUCGUCGUCCGCAACCCCGCGCCGGCGCCCUACGCCACCGUCCGCGCGCCUUCCCCGACGCCGGUCACCAUCCGCGCGCCCUCGCCCACGCCGGCCACCAUCCGCGCUCCUGCUCCGACGCCUUCGCCGGCCGCGGCCCGCGUCUCCGCCCCCGCUCCCGCUCCGCCGACCCCCGCGGCCGUCGCCAACGAGCUGGAGCACAAGAUCUUCAACACCGAGACCGUGCUGGCGCGUCCCGCCGCCGCGGCCGCGGCGACGCAGGAGGAGCAGGCCGAGGCGGACCUCGCGCCGGUGUCAGGUCUCACCCACCCCGCGCGUCCCGGCGCCGGCACCAUCGGCAAGAAGGUGAUGAUCCGCGCCAACCACUUCCUCGUUAACGUCGCCGACAACAACCUCUUCCACUACGAUGUUUCAAUUAAUCCGGAGUCAAAAUCAAGAGCUGUGAACAGGGAGGUACUCAGUGAGCUAAUCAAGUUGCACGGGAAGACAUCCCUUGGGGGCAAAUUGCCUGCCUAUGAUGGAAGAAAGAGUCUCUACACUGCAGGCUCACUCCCUUUUGAGUCUGAGGAGUUUUCUGUUACACUGGUUGAUCCCGAAAAGAAAGACAAAGAAAAGGCUGAAAGGGAGUACAAGAUCACCAUUCGGAUUGCUGGGAGGACAGACCUGUACCACCUCCAGCAGUUUCUCAAAGGAAGACAGAGGGAUAUGCCUCAAGAAACCAUCCAAGUUCUUGAUGUUGUCCUCAGGGAGUCACCAUCCUGGAACUAUGUCACAGUGUCCAGAUCCUUCUUCUCCACCACCUUUGGUCACAGAGGAGACAUUGGUGAAGGAUUAGAGUGCUGGAGAGGUUACUACCAGAGCUUACGCCCAACCCAGAUGGGGCUGUCACUCAAUAUAGAUAUAUCUGCAACAUCCUUCUUCAAGCCUGUGACAGUGGUCCAGUUUGUGCUAGAGUUCCUCAACUUACGUGAUGCCUCGCGGCCUCUGACAGACAGGGACCGUGUUAAGAUAAAGAAAGCACUCCGUGGGGUGCGUGUCGAAACAAACCACCAGGAAGACCAAAUCAGAAGAUACAAGAUAACAGGGAUUACUCCUGUUCCCAUGAGCCAGCUCAUAUUUCCUGUUGAUGAGAGAGGAACAAGAAUGUCAGUUGUUCAGUACUUCAUGCAAAGAUACAAAUACAAUUUGCAGUAUACUUCUUGGCCCUGUUUGCAGUCUGGAAGUGAUGCUCGGCCUGUGUAUCUGCCUAUGGAGGCGUGCAAGAUUGUUGAAGGGCAAAGGUACUCUAAGAAACUGAAUGACAAGCAGGUCACCAACAUACUUAGAGCUACCCGUCAACGUCCCCAGCAGAGGGAGCAAAGCAUUCGUGAGAUGGUUCUGCACAACAAGUAUGCUGAGGACAAGUUUGCUCAGGAGUUCGGAAUCAACGUCUGCAGUGACCUGGUCUCUGUUCCAGCCCGUGUGCUGCCUCCCCCCAUGUUGAGUUAUCAUGAUUCUGGAAAGGAGAAAACUUGUGCGCCAAGUGUUGGACAGUGGAACAUGAUUAACAAGAAAAUGAUCAAUGGAGGAAUCAUAGACAACUGGGCCUGUGUGAGUUUUUCACGCAUACCUCCUGAGGAGGUACACAGGUUCUGUUGUGAUCUGAUUCAGAUGUGCAAUAUGACUGGAAUGUCUGUCAAUCCAAGGCCACUUGUAGACAACCGAUCAGCUAACCCCAACCACAUCGAGAAUGCCUUGAGGGAUGUCUACAGGAGGACUACCGAAAUGCUUGGAAAACAGGGACACGAAAAACAGCUACAACUGUUAAUCGUAAUCCUACCUGAAGUCAGUGGUUCUUAUGGGAAAAUCAAGAAGGUUUGCGAGACCGACCUUGGGAUCGUGUCUCAGUGUUGCCUGCCAAGGCAUGCUGCCAGACCGAACAAGCAAUAUCUGGAGAAUGUUGCACUCAAAAUCAAUGUGAAGGUCGGAGGACGCAACACAGUUCUGGAGAGAGCUUUUGUGCGAAAUGGCAUACCGUUUGUGUCCGAAGUCCCAACAAUCAUCUUUGGUGCUGAUGUUACACACCCCCCACCUGGAGAGGACUCUGCAUCAUCUAUUGCUGCGGUGGUGGCAUCAAUGGACUGGCCAGAGAUCACCAAGUACAGAGGUCUUGUCUCUGCUCAACCACACAGGCAGGAGAUAAUUGAAGACCUCUUCAGUGUCACCAAAGACCCACAGAGGGGUAAUGUCAAUGGUGGCAUGAUCAGGGAGCUACUGAUUGCCUUCCGCAGGAAGACAGGCCGGAGGCCUGAGAGGAUACUCUUCUACAGGGAUGGUGUAAGUGAAGGCCAAUUCAGCCAUGUUCUGCUUCAUGAAAUGGACGCAAUCAGGAAGGCCUGCGCCUCAUUGGAGGAGGGGUAUAUGCCCCCAGUCACCUUUGUGGUUGUCCAGAAAAGGGAUCACACCAGGCUGUUCCCUGAUGUUCAUGGGAGGCGUGAUAUGACUGACAAGAGUGGGAACAUACUUCCUGGAAGUGUGUUUGAACUCAUGACCUGCCACCCAACAGACUUUGGCUUUUACCUGUGCAACAAUACCAACAUACAGGGAACAAGUUGUAAUUACCAUGUUCUUUAUGAUGAGAACAAUUUCACGGCUGAUGCGCUUCAAUCCCUGACGAAGAAGCUCUGUAAUACCUAUGCUCGGUGCGUUCCAGGACUCUCCACAGUGGCACCGGCUUUUUAUGCUCAUGUAAAAGCUAGAGUCUGUACUCGCCACUACAUGGAAGGGGACGGCUCAACUGGGGAACUAAAUAUUAAACUUCUUGGUGGUGGUGACAAUCCGGAUACUGGAAGGCCUCGUAAAAGGCAUCGGAAGGAAGAAUCGGGUUCUUCAUCUCAAUCGGCCGAUCACCCAACUUUGGGAGGCAACAGAAUAUCCAACAUAAGUAAUGCCGGUCGCGUCCCUUUUGUGGACUAUGUUAAAGCACAUCGCGAUAGUUUCAUCGUCAAAGUGAGAGUUCAGGACUGUACCUCUACAGUUGUAGGUAAACAGGAAGAUAGAUAUGAUUUUGACGACAUCGGUAGGGUACUCGGUAGUAGUUUUCUUAUAGCUUACUUUGACACACACAAAGAGAACUUGACGUGGGAAAGCCAAGAGUGGCUACGAGUCAAGAUGAUUUUGACAAGGAUAUCCAUGUCCUCGUAUUAA